AUCUCAUUACGGCGACCUAUCGCGAGUGCCCACACAUCGUCGCCGUGGUGACAAUAACUUCCUUCCGAAACCUAAUCUGCUGCUAAAACUAAAGCGUGUAAGCGUCUGAUACUCCAAAGGCUCGAAGUCGAAGACUUAAAAACCUCUCCAGCCUGGUCGUGACCCGGCCUUCCUCAGUCGAGGACGAAGUGGCGAUCACAUCGCUAUCCUUGUGCUAAGUGAAACUUUUGGAGUUUCCUUUCGUCUUUGCAGGCCUGGAUUUUAUAUGUUGUUCGUGUUGACAUGGUCUACGCAGGCAGGCACGUUCUUGGAUAACAAAAAGUGAGAUAUGCGGCAAUGGCUGGCAGUCUCGGCGCUACUGUCGCUGGUGGCGGGGAAUGUGGUGGGAGCUGGGCGACAUCCCAAGCAAACUUUCAGCUCGGGGGAACGGCGCUUGCUGCGGAAUCUGGUGACCCUGCUCAAGAACGAUCCUGACCUCGCACACGAUGUUUCAGCAGACGACGGGGACUCUCAGGAGGAAAUGGCCGAAAAGUGGAUGAUGAAGACGAACAAAGAACUGAUAGAGUGGAACAGGGCCGGGAGCCUGGCGAACUGGGAGUUCGUGACAAACUUCACAGACGAGACCAGGCAAAAAAUGCUGUCAGUGGAAAGUAACCGGUCCCGUUGGUACCAGUCCGCUUUGAGCGAGGGCAAGCAGUUUGAGACAAACCACUUCCGCCCAGACCUGCGCCGUCAGAUCGAGAUGUUUGUCUUCAACAGUGAAUCUGAUGACCCCGCCGUGGAAGACGAGAUCAGGGCAAUCCAGUCUGAAAUGGAGACAAUAUACAGCACAGCCAAGGUAUGUUUCCCCGAGGACAAAGGUGGGGCUGCACGUAAGGGCAAGAACAAAUGUCUUUCCCUCGAGCCGGAUUUGGUCAGCAUCAUGGCGCAGUCACGUAACCCAAUACUCUUGCUGAUAUACUGGGCGAAUUGGCGGGAUGUUUCUGGACGACCCAUUCGACGGCUUUACGAACGAUUUGUCGAACUCCUGAAUGUGGGGGCCAAACAGAACGGUUUCGCCGACUUCGGGGCGGCGUGGCGGAAGGAACUCUUCUUCGACAGCGACAACUUGAACGACAUGACGAGCCAUUUGUGGAGCCAGCUGCGACCGCUUUACCUGCACCUGCACGCUUACGUUCGGCGCCGCUUGAGGGAGCACUACGGUGUGAAAUUCGUUGGCGAAGACGGGACCAUUCCUGCUCACCUUUUGGGUAACAUGUGGGCGCAGAACUGGGAGAACAUCUACUCCCUCGUAGUACCUUACCCUGAAGUAGAUCGUGAUUUCUCCUCCGCCGAUCGUAUUAUCCAGCGUAAAUACGACGUGAUGGGACUCUUUCGUCUGGCGGAAGACUUCUUCGUGUCAAUAGACUUAUUUAACAUGACCAAGAUAUUUUGGGAGAAGUCUAUGCUUGUAAAGCCACCGAAUCGAGAUGUGCAGUGCCAUGCUUCCGCAGAAGAUAUGUUUGCACCAGGUGACUUCCGGAUCAAGAUGUGCACGGAAGUGUCGGAGUCGUACCUGGAGACCAUUCACCACGAGAUGGGACACGUGGAGUACUUCAUGGCUUACAGUCACUUACCUCCCCUGUACCGUGAUGGCGCUAACUGCGCUUUCCACGAAGCCAUCGGGGACACCAUCGCGCUAUCCGUCAUGUCCAGAACGCACCAGAGGGUGCUUGGCCUGGACACCACGCAGCCUGGCGCUGACGAUUACAAGCGGUCUAUUAACGACCUCAUGAAGAUGGCACUUUACAAAAUCGGGUUCCUUCCCUUUGGCCUGUUGGUGGACAGGUGGCGCUGGAAUGUCUUCAGUAAUGUCACAAAACUCGACAACCUUAACCGCGAUUGGUGGCAACUACGGCUGGACCUUCAGGGAGUGCGUUCCCCUAUACCCCGCUCGGAGGACGAUUUUGAUCCGGGUUCCAAAUUUCAUAUACCCAGCAACUCGCCCUAUAUCUGCUACUUCGUGAGCACCGUCGUGCAGUUCCAGUUCUACAAGGCCAUGUGUGAAGCCAGCGGCCAUGAAGGCUCUCUCCAUGAGUGUGAUUUUUACCGAUCACCGCCAGCUGGUCGCCUCCUCAAGCGUCUGCUAGAACUAGGCGCCAGUCGACCAUGGCAGGAGGCACUGCAGAAGAUGACGGGUUCUCGCGAGAUCUCUGCCUCUGCCUUGCUGGAGUAUUUUCGACCGCUGGAGAAAUGGCUCAAAUUUAACAACGAUCUGUACAACGAAAAACUUGGAUGGAAAGGAGCAAAAAUCAAUUGGAAAUCAGAAUGACCUUCCUGUUUACUAUAUCUUAAUAUAUGCACUCUGUCCUUUUUCAGGCAAGCAUUCUUGUCCAUUAAAGCCAUUCGACUGUGUAACAUGGUUCGCAACUCCUAAGAUGAAAACAUUAGUUAUAAAAAUUUUAAAAAACGCUUAAGCCAAAAGAGUAUAGAAAAUUAAAAAGUAUAUUUUAACAUAAACGCCGUUUAGACUCGUUUUCUGAAUUGCUUAUUCAGAUUACUCCAAACAGCAAGGUCAUAGACCACAUCCUUGAACUGGUUCACAAGUGUGUUCUUUUUCUUCUGAGAAAAUGUUCCGAGGAGUGAAAUAAAAGAAGAAGGUAAAGGAUCGGUCAUAUACCCUAGCUCCCGGGGUGCCAGUGAACAAUGAGUGGCUCUCCAUGUAUAGGACAAGUGCAAGGAGGGUGCCAACUCUCCUUUGAGCUUUCCCCUGAUAAAUCACCAAUACACAAGAAGGGCAGGAGAUUUCCCUGUCACAAACCCGGGUGAGCAUCGAACCUUUUGAUCCAAAAUCGAGCACACUAACCAUCAGGAAAUAAUGGGUAAAUGUGGGUUAAAAAAAAAAAACGUUUGCAUGUAAAUGUGGUAAAACCAUUUAUAUGUAAAUGUGGUAGACACGUCUCUGCGUUUAUGGGCAGAUGAGCUCAUCGAAAAACGUGUGCAUUGUGUCUCUGGGCUGCUGUCUAAGGAUCUCAUGGAUGAACGAAACAUUUCCUGAGUUAUUCUGACCUCUAAGGAAAUGUGCAAGCUUCUGUCUGUCGCCUGCAGCGUUGCAGUAAAACUCCAUCCACUUGAGCCCGCAAUCAUGGACCGUUGGGAAGAUAGCGACCAGCCUCGGUGGCAGGUAAAGGCCGGUAGCAAACUGUAAAUUUAAAAGACCUGUGAUCGAUUCUCGAAACAACCGUGGUGGCAGCCAGAUAACUUUGCUCGACAGAAGCCUCGCCUACACGCUAUGCACCUUCGUGGAAAGAAUACGAGUAUCAGAGAAAGCAUCGACAUCUAGUGGUUAAUCAGAUCCACGAACAGUUUGAGAACUACCUGCCUACUCAGUCUUUCUACAGGGUGGAUAUCUCAUCCAAUCAAUCAGAUGACCAGACUGUGGCGUCUGCCUGGACUGUGACCUUAUGCCACUGCAGAUUGUAAGGGACUAACCGAAAAAUGGAAAUAUCUUAACACAAUGUUCUGCAUUGCGCUGUACUUCACUUUACAACAUAAACAACUUGAACAGUACUUUUCCAUGUAACAGCAGCCUACACUGCAUCAUACACUAAAUAGAUUGUAUUUAUUACAUUACUACAAUACAUUAUACACUAAAUUAAUACGUUGCUCAUCACUAACUUGCUAACACCGCAAAACAUUCGCAUGUGCGCGCGUGCCAACACCCAUACACAUUCGCGAGCUUCAUUAUUCUCUCUCUUUUUCCUCUCUUCGCUUUUCACCUUGUUUUUAGUGUUGACUAAGUCUCAAAAGCAUGAAAAGCAUUUUUUUUUCAUUCAGAUGUCAUGAAAAUUUUAUGAAUUCAACAUUUUUUGUCACCCGUGUAACACAAUCAGCUUUAAAAUUUGUAUUCUAUGGAAUUGUCAUUGGCUGUAAAAGUUGUGACAUCCUGUUCUCUAACUUACACUCCAGAUGUGUGUGAAAAUAAUCGCAUACGUACAAAAGCAGUCGCAUAUGCAUGCACGCACGCACGCGCAAACGAAUUCACCUACGACUGCAACAGACAUUAAGGACCAGCCAUAAACAUGAAGUUCAAGAUGUGUUUUAUCUCAAACACGCAUUUUGUUAAUCAUGUGCGUGAGAAAUCUGAAGGUCUUUGCUGAUUAAUGUCACCUUCGAGCCUUUGUGCUGUUUUUCUGCACAACGAGUUCAAAAUUAAAGCCUUUGACGUUCA